AUGUUACCUGAAUUUAGGAGUCAAUUUUUUCAAUUACCACUUAUUUCAACAACAUGGGCGUAUACUCGAAAUCGGUAUAUAGAAGUACAAAAGAAUUCUUUUUUUCCAGUUCGUUUUCUUUUAUUCAUCAUCGAACGAACAAUAUUAUUAAUAUACGAAAAUAUUAUUCGACCUCUGCUCAAUCCAUGUUAUCCAUACGUGAACAAAUUGGAUCAGUAUCUCUGUUCACAUAUUGAUUCUAUUCGAAAUAUUUGUCCAAUUAUUGAUCAUACGUCAGAUGAAGUAAUUGAACGUUAUAGUGAUUUAUUCUUCUUAUCAUUUACGAAUAAAAAUAUGAAAUCAUCAACAGUUAAUAAUAAUUCUAAUAAUGUAAACAAUAUUCAUGAAGAAAAAAGAUUUAAAUUUAAUCAACCACUUUCUCAAUUUUUAACAAAUAUUUUAAUGAUGAUUGAAAACUAUUCGAAAUAUAUUCAUCAUGAAUUAAAUAGUCAUAUUGAAAGAUAUCGAAAUCUUUGGAAAAAGUUGAAUAUGGAAGAUGGACGAUCAUUAGAUGAAGUUAAUUCAUUUUCGGAAAAAUUACUUGUACUUGGUCGUCGUAUGACUGGAAAUUAUCGUCAAUUUGUUUAUCUUAUUCGUUAUCAAAUGAAACGAUGUCGAUCUAUACUAUUUUCAUUUUUACAUUUUCAAAAGCGUUUUCGUUCAAUUCUAUGGCGUUUUACUCGAAAAAUUCGAAUGAAUGAAAAUCUCAAUGAUCGUGCACGUUAUGGAUUAGUAAUAUCAAAAGAACGUAUUCAUCGUUACUUAGAGAUAAUAAUGCUUCAUGCAACUAAACAUCCAUGGAUGAGAUGGAGACAAUCACGAUUAUGUCAAGUAUCCGAAUCACAGCUUGAAAGACCAUUAAAGUUUAUCCAUCCAAUGUUCUUUCUUUCAUCCAAUAGUACUUCAGAUUGUAGCGGAUCCGAAGAUAAUCGUCGAGAUGAACCUUUUAAUAUUUUUCAAUCAACACCAUAUCGAAAAAAUUAUAAAUAUUCUAAUGUAAUCCAGUCUAAAGCACAAUUUGAAGAUGUUUUAUCAGAUAUUUCUUCAUCUUUAUCAAGUACAUCUGAACAAAGUUUCGAUGUUAGAGAUAUUGUUCGACAAGUUGGCUCACAGUAUCGUCAACUGUCAGAUACAAGUAGUUCAACAGAUCAAGAUGAUGAAAAUCUAGUUAUUGAACAAGCAUUAAAUGAAACGGAUGAUGAUGAACAACACGAACAAUCAGUUUCUGUAUUUGAUCUUUCUCCUAUGCUUGCUAGUGGUUGUGCUGUUUGA